AUGGCCAUAGGGGUUGAUCUUGAUGUAGCGGUGGCGCGCCUCGUUAUGUUGAUUCAGUCAGCUGAAAAUUGUCAAUUGGAGAUUGGUGAAUGCAGUAGACAGAUGUUUAUUGCUGUUUUGUUAAUUGUACAGAAUGAGGACGCAUCCAAGGUUGAGUUUAGGGCUCCUGGAACAUGUGUGCUGUACCUCGGAGCUGCCUUUGGAGCAACCGUGUCUCAUGUGUCUGACAUUGUUGGACCAACUGGGUUGGUGUAUGCCAUUGAGUUCUCUCACCGGAGUGGUAGGGAUCUUGUCAACAUGGCUAAGAAGAGGACCAAUGUCAUCCCCAUUACUGAGGAUGCUAGGCACCCAGCAAAGUAA